UUACGGGAAGUCACCUACUAGUAUGUGAACCUCCCGUAAUCGAAGCCGGCAAAGAAAGUUACCGGCACUCCCUGUUCUGCUUACUGUUUGCUGGCUUCCGCGUGUCCCCCAUGCUCUUGAAGUACUCAUACGUGUAACGUAGAUACUAUUCUCCACGAUUCCACUCAUUCUAUGACAGACGCCACUGUAUCCCCAAGUGCGGCACCUGUUCCAUCUCGAAGUCCUGAGUCGGAUAAGACUCAGCCGUUAUGGUAUGAUCCACCACGACAUCCCUUUUGGUGUCUGUGCUUUAAGGCGUUGUGUAUGAUCGCUAUAUCGAAGCCAUCGGUCGACCACUGGGAUGACCUCAUAAAUGGUCAGAAAAAGGAGGAAUGGGUAGAACAUAAGAAAAUGGUGACAGAUCGAUUAGGAAACAUGAACGUCACGGCGGGUCUGGUUUUGACCACAAGUGCUGUUUUUAUAUCUACUCAACCUCCAUUUCAACCUCUUAUGCCCUACGCAAGCCAUGGGUCGUAUAUCCUUCAAGUUUCAUCUUUUGUAGCUGCGUUGAUCAGUUUGAUGACUGGAACUUCUGUCCUCAUCAUCUAUGAUACUUGUUAUGGAAAUGCAGAUAUGAAACGGAUAUUGAAAUCGUUAAAGCGAUCCCGCCUGCGCCUCGUAUGCUCCCUUAUAUUGAUGGCCUAUCCUUCCCUGGCUUUAGCAGUCUCAACACUGGCUUUACUGACAGCUGUCUUUAUAGCUGGUUUCACUUCCGACAAGCUCUUUGUGAAAAUUCUGACUGCAAUAACAUAUUUAACAUUGGUUUUUCUCGCUGUGCUCGCUAUAUAUGUAUUCAGCGCUCCUUGGGUUGAGUGCGUGCUGUUACAUGUUGCUUACCAGACAAAAAAUGAUUUGGGUGCUAUAUCUCAGUAGCAUGCACGAUCCAGAUCCUGCAGAUAGUCAUGAUCGGCCCAGCUCUGAGCCAAGGGGUGAUAGCGUGGUCUUUCACAGAGAAAUAGAGUACUCGGGCAGCCGCAUCAAGCCUCGGCGAGGGGAGCUCGUGUAGGGGAUCACCC